AUGGAAAGCCACAAGGCUAAUAUUUCCGAAGCUAAGCGCAAGGGCCGAAGACGCCUCAAGAACGUAUACCUUGCCUGUGCAUACUCGCACCGGUUAGUUGCAAUAAUGAGGGGACAAAAAGCCGCCCCAGCAGCUUACAUAUCGACAAUGACUGUAUUUAUGGAAGAAGUCAAGCGCGGACCAAGGCGAACCCUAAUGCAGACAAAUAUCGAUGAGCAACCAUCAGGUGACGGUGAAAAUAAUCGACAAGACAAACAAAGUUGGAAAGCUAUGGAGAAAAUUGAUCCUUUGUUGAAGGCAACUCAGACAGUAAUUAAAACAAUCGCAGAGAUGGCAAUACAACUCCCAAAUACACCGACUACGGCCUACAUUGAUCAUGUUCGUCGUAUGGGAAUAGCCGUAAGAGAAGUUUUCAGCCAAGUGCAAAAGGAAAUAGUCGAGCGGACCAGAGAAGUAACCGUUGAAUGGAAGGAUGGACACCUUGAGAGUGUAAUCACGACUCAGGGAGAGAUUAAGGCCGAAUUGAGCAAAGCAAUUCAUUUAGCACAUCUCGCAGCCGCAGGCUCAAACAACCCAUCUUCUGGAUAA